AUGACUGAGUGUUCUAGUGAGGAGGAGGUAUACGACGAAGAGCCUCGCGGGUCGGCGUCCUUAAAUACGGGACCAACAAGGGUCCAACUAGCCGCCAAACAAGUCAUCUCAAAAAAGCUUCCCAAUUUUAGCGGAAGUCCGGAAGAAUGGCCGAUGUUUGUCAGCAGUUUUAUGAACGCGAACGAAGCCUGUGGAUUUUCCAACGUUGCACAUCUUAUUCGACUUCAAGAAAGCCUUCGGGGCCCCGCGUUAGAAGCUGUCCGGAGCAUAUUAUUGUUACCAGAAGCUGUUCCUCAGGUUAUGAAGACGCUUCAACUACUUUACGUUAGGCCCGAACAACUGCUACAUACCUUGUUGUUUAAAGUCAGAAAGGCCGAAAAUCCAAAACUCGAUCGCUUGAAUACGUUUAUACAAUUUGGUCUAGUGGUCCAACAACUUUGCGAUUAUUUGGAGGCUGCGUCGCUUAGAGAUCAUCUGGUCAAUCCAAUGCUAUUACAGGAACUUAUCGAUAAGCUACCAUCGCAGACGAAGUUGGAAUGGGUUCGUUACAAGCGAAAUCAGAAAAGUGUUACGUUGCGAACAUUAUCAGAUAUUUUGUCCCAGAUAGUGUCAGAGGCCAGUGAGGUGACUUUGUUUUCGGAAGCGUUUUAUCAACCAAGUAGAAUUCCGAAGGACAACAGUAUAACUGCGAGAUUUGUUCUUGAAGGCUUCUUGAACGCUCACAGUAAGGUGGAAAACGCCUCUCAAGAUUUCGAGCCACACGAUUAUGAUCAAUUCGGAAGAGGAAACCGCCAAAAACCCUGCAAAAUCUGCAACCGCGCAGAUCAUAAAGUUCGGUACUGUGACGAGUUCAGACGACUUCCAUUGAACGAGCGUCUGCAAGCAGACGAAGGGGAGUCACACAAAAUUUUCAGUGCUCACCACACUUGUGAACUACCAUCUAAUCAGGAGCUGCAUGUUCUUCUACGAAGUCAUUAUGCUGUAGAGGAAACUGGUAUUGCGGUAACCGUCUUACUUGAAUCCGAAGAAGAGCGGCGGGCACGAGAAAUACUCGAGAAAACAACCGUGUGCACGGGUGAUCGAUUUGUAACUGGGUUAUUAUGGAGACAAGAUGAUGUUGCUUUCCCGGAUAGUUUCCCAAUGGCGCUGAAAAGGCUGAAGUCUCUAGAAAGGAAAUUAUCUAAGGACCCGGCGUUUGAAGCAAAUAUUAAACAACAGAUACGCGAGAACACAGCAAAGGGAUAUGCUCGCAAGCUACAGAUGAUGAGCUUCAAAAAAUCGAUCCAUCAAAACACGGAUACCAUCGAGGAAGCAAUGACGCUGGCGAAACAGGUUAGGUACGUGCACUCGAAGGCGGGUUUCACCAUGCGAAAUUGGCUUUCGAACGAACCGGACGUGCUGAGGCAGCUAGGCGAACACAUCCAUUUUCAUCGCGACAAGCAAACUGAGCACGAAUGUGUAAUAGGCAUCGUUUGGGAUCCUCGGGAUGACAUGUUUAUGUUCUCUACGGAGUUGCGCGAGGAACUACAACCAUUUAUGUACGGUGAUAGUCGACCGACUAAACGAGCAGUACUAAGCAUUGUAGGGGAGACUGAGGAGACUUGA